GGAGGGGCAAAGGGAUGUGGCUCAACUCCUCUCACCCCACGUCAAUACAACAGAGUCCCAAUAUCCGUUUUGCUGCUUGCUUGGUGGUAACGUUGCUAUUGGAACAGUUGUAUAUCCGGCCUUUUACUUCGUUGAACUUACUUAAAAAUAAAAAGAAGUAAAGGCUUGACGUUCCUCCGAGGACCUGUGUGGAAGCGUUCUAGCCUCUGAAUGGAACAUCUCGUUUUGCACUCGCAAUCUUGAUUCCUCUCAUUCCUGAACCAAGUAACACCAUGGCUACCACGUUGGGUACAAAAACAGGCGCUGCCAAACUCCAGGCUGUAACCGAACUCGUCGAUAAACUAACUAAGGACCUGGAACAUGUCUCUCUUCUCCCGAAAGAUCGCAAUGAGGCACUGGAAGAACUCAAAAUAUACGGUCGAGAUCCGACGAAUUCCGAUCCUAUAUUUACACCCGACGGUAUAAAAACGCUACUGAAGCAUGCAUUUGAAAGCCCCUCUAGAGAAACUUCUCGGGCAGCGUUGCGCGUUUUGGCCAACGCCAUGGUCUUAAAACCAACAACACGCCAGAUGUUUGUUGACGAAGGAUUUGUACCAAAAGCUUGUGCGGAGUUAAAGACCCAAAGUUGGGAUGAUGAAUUUUUAAUCUCACGACUUUUGUUUCUAUCCACUUAUGGAACCACUGUUGAGCUGUCGAAUCUGAUUGCACAACACAAAUUAGCGACUUCCAUCUUGGAGAAUCUGGCCAAGCAUGCCAAACGAGUUUCCAAUAAGGCGAGCAGUGCAACGGAACCUAUGGAAGACAUGGCCCUGGCGGAAACACUGAAGUUACUCUUCAAUAUCAUGCACUUUUGCAAGGACGAAGCUCCUCUGUUUAACCCAGGUCUAACGCAUAUUAUCGCCCUCCUCUGGCGCAACGAUAUCCCUUCGAAAAAGCCAAUGGAGCCACCCUUCGGUGCUCUUGUCAAUGCAUUGGUUAACUUUGAUUUUAGUGACGACAAAGCAAAAGCAAUCCUGUAUCCGACAUCAGAACCUACAAAAGUUUCUUCUCGAUUGAUCACAUUGCUUGAUGGCGCUUUAACAGACUAUCAAGGGAGUGAACUUGAUAACAUUGUUACGCCCCUUGCUAGUGUGAUAACCAAGCUGUACGAAUAUGCGCCUACCAAUGUCCAAGAGACCAUGCAAAUGACACUGCUCCCCACAGUGGAAGACCGCACAGCUGUACUCGGCAAGACAAGCACAUUAUCGUCAAAGCUGUUGAAGAAUUCUACAAAUCCACUUACUCCAGCUCUUCGUAACGCCAUAUCACAUCUUCAAUUCGAUCUUUCCGGUAGAGACGCGUCGAAGUUUGUCGAGAAUGUUGGAUAUGGAUUCGCUUCUGGAUUCCUUUUCUCCAAUAACAUACCAAUCCCCAACUCAGCCUCGGAGGCCUUUAGCGCCGCCGAUGCCAGCGGUAAUAGCAGGGAUGUGAACCCUAUAACCGGCCAAUUCUUGGACAAAGAAAAGCAUACCGAUGUCCCCGAGAUGACUCAGGAAGAAAAGGAACGCGAGGCUGAAAAGCUGUUUGUGCUCUUUGAGAGGCUGAAAAAGAAUGGAAUCAUUGAUGUUCAAAACCCUGUAGAGCAAGCUUUUCGGGAGGGUAAAUUCCGCGAAUUAGAUGAUGAUGAGGUGGAGGAACUCGACUGAAAACGUUGCAGCUCCUAAGAACCAGAACGCUAGAAAAUGAACCAUUCAGCUAGGCAUGGCAGGGCGAUUGCAUUACUCCUAAGUAAUUUAUAUUAUUAAUCAGAAUACAUACUACCAAUGACGAAUUGAUAUUAGUACAGCUUAGACGACGAUAACAUUACUCAAGAACGUGCGCAGCGCAAAUACUGUUCCAAGUAGUGGGAAACUACUGCGAACCAAAUUCAAAGCAUUCCACUUUCGUAUUAAGGCUGUAACCUUUUCCUUGUUAGCAGCAGGGCCAGCCUGAGCCUGGGUUGUAAGCGAUGCGUUCGUUCGCUUCAUGGCAAUCAGAGUCCAGGGUACGAUGGCCAUGACCGACACCACAGCCAGCACAUAGCCCUUCCAUUUUCCAGAUUGUCUUCGUGCUUCAUAAGCAGAGUAGCUAAGGAAAAGCGAGGUCACAGCAGCAACCUUGGGCAUGAUAUUAGCACCGCGGGAGUACAGUUCUAGCCAAGUUCUAGCAGCAGUCUCAGGGACAGCCGCCGCA